AUGGUAUAUGAUCAAUAUAUGUCCUUAUCAUUUGUAAAUAUUAAUAUUACUAGUUAUUGUGUGCAAUUCAUCGAUAGUUUAUGUUAUAUAUUAGUUAUUUUUGGACUUGUUGGAAAUAUCUUAGGACUUUUAAUAUUUUCUUCAUCUCGUCAUACUUCUAAAAUUUCAUCCGUUUAUGUUUAUUUAGCUACAUCAAGUUCUAUAAUAAAUAUUUUUUGUGUUAUUCGAUAUGCUUUAGUUUUACAUUCAAAAUCACGAAUUAUUAUAAAUAAUUUAAUUGGACAUGUAUGGUUUGCUUGUAAAUUAUAUGAAUUAUCUUUUUGUUUUCGUCUUAUUUCUUCUUGGAUAAUACUUUUUUGGAUGUUUGAACGUGUAACAUGUGUUUCAAAAAGAUUACGAACACUUUUUUAUCGAUGGAAUGCAAGUCAAUUGAAAUUUAUUAUUCCAUGUAUUAUUAUUUUUAUUGUUCUCGGUUGUGUAAUUGGACCUCCAGCUUAUAUGUAUCAACCACGAAUAUCUAAAAAUAAAUUAAGUAAUUCUACAAUAAAAUCAAUGAAUUAUUUUUGUGGCCUACCUUCUACCGUAUCGAUUAAAUGGCAAAAAUAUUUUAAUGAAUUACAUCUUGGUUUAAAUCAUUAUACGAUACGUUGUUUUUUCUCUGAAUUAUUUCCAGCUGCAACAAUUAUUAUAUUUAAUAGUUAUAUAAUGUAUUAUCUUUUUCGAACAUCUUAUCAAUUUAGUCAAAUAAAUGAAAAUAAAUUAACAAAAGAACGACAAAGAACAACAUCAUGGAUGAAUAUUGUUUUAAUUCUUCAUUCAUGUCUUUUUCUUUCAUCACUUUUCUCUCAUAUUGUUGGACAUUUCCUGUCUGUUGAAGCACAUGAAACAUGGUGGGUGUUAUUAACAGUUUUAGGAAAUUGCUCAUUAAAUUUUUAUGUCUAUUGUCUAUCGGGUAAAGCAUUUCGAAAACAAAUUAUUCAUAUUAUUCAACGAUUAAUAAUAUUAAUUUCAUAUAAAUUACAAACUUGUAAGCAACAACAGCAAAAUCAUCAAUAUGAUAAUUUUAAAAUUGAAAAUUUGAUUUGUCAAUCUAAUCACGUUGAAAACAUUAAUCAACCUAAAAGUUAUGGAACUAAAAAUUAUCCAAAAACAAUUGGUAUAAAUUCAUCAUCUCCAAUAAGUGAACAAGAAACAUCAGUGUAA